ACAAAAAAACCCACCCUAAAUAAAAAUUUCACACCACAAAGAGGAGCAGAUGGUCGGUCUGCUUUCAGUGAUGGAACAGACUAAGAAUAUGCGCUGGUUGCCAGGUUUGUCGGUUAACCCCCCUUUUUAGCAGCAACAGCGUUUUCUAUUGUCGCGUACUAAAUUGUACGAGACAAGGGACUGAAUCAGCUAAUUUACAACCCUAACCCAAUCACACGAUGACUAACUUUAUUCCAAAUAAAGAACUAGAUGUUAUUGCAGUGAAUCUGUUUCUUUAAGUUUAAGACAUGGAAACAAAUUAAUACCAAUCUAUAAAAGGGUAAAUUGAAAAAUAGCGAUGAAUAUACCACGGGUUAGGGUUAGGGUUAUUUUUGCAAUAUAAAAAUACAUUAUUUGUAUGUUUAAAUUCAUUUUUCAUUGAUAUUUAUAGAGUGACUACAGUGUCUUCGUCUCAUAAAGUCUGUUCUUUGAGCUGCAGAGACACGAGUGCGCUUCAUUUUGUUAAGCAAAUUUGGUCUGAAGUUCAGCAAAUAACUUAUGUUGAUAGAACAGGGUGUGAAAUAGCUCCUGGUUAUGAGUCGACACAGUAAAAGUACAUUUUACGAACAGAUAUUAUAAUUUCGUUAUCUCCUAUCUAGAUGUUUACAGUCAAAUCAAACGGCUAGUAUCUAUGCUGUAACACCUUUCUCGUUGUAAAUGGAGAAAAACCUAUUAUUCCAGAGGAUGAGACAAUAUCUGGCAACCCGGAGACGCAAUCUGUGUCAAUUGCCGGGCGACGUAGCGCGAAUAAAGGCCGUAGCCUAUUUCUGACCGUGGCUUUUCUCAACGUGUCAGGCUGCCUUUGGCCCCGCUUUGUCUCCAUGGCGGGUUGAUGAUUUAUUCUUUAGUUUGCCUGUUGCUCGUUUCUGUCCGACCUGCGCUGCGUCGUCGCCGUGUUUUUGCGCUGUAAUGACAGGUGUUGAAGGUAAAGAGCCCGCAGGAAUGACGCCUUUCGCUGCCAUCGCUCGAUGCAAAAGGUGCAUUAGGGAGGUUUCUGCCUUUGUUUUCAUAUUGUUUAUUCAAUAGACACCAGGCGGCUUUGAAGACAGAGAUAGGGUGAGAGAGAAAAAAAAAAUACGUAGCGGCAAAAAUACAAAAUGAGGAUAUUUUCCCUUCUGAAAAUCGUCAAUAUUAAUGGACAAUAAUUAAUCCUCUGGGGGGGAGGGAGGAGGUUAAUUGGUUAAGGAGUUUAAAGCAACGCACCGACCCGUUGAAUUUUGUGAUGUCCUAUUUUCGUUUGAAGUAAACUGCUCGUCGUCUAGUUUCAGCAGGCUGCAGGCAGAUUAUAAGGCAGCGGAGGAGAUCUGACUGUCUGGCAGAUAAAGAUGGUGUUUCGGAGUGAGGAGAUGUGCUUGGCGCAAUUGUUUCUGCAGUCCGGCUCUGAAUAUGACUGCAUUAGUGAGCUGGGAGAGCUGGGGCUGGUCGAGUUUCGAGAUCUUAACCCAAGUGUCAGCUCAUUCCAGCGGCGCUUUGUCAGCGAAAUCAAGAGAUGUGAGGAGAUGGAGAGAAUUCUGGGCUACCUUCUAAGGGAGAUCCAAAAGGCUAAUAUAGCCAUUCCAGAGGAGGAUGAGAGUCCACUUGCUCCUCCACCCAGACAAGUCCUGGAGAUCAUGGAGCAGCUCCAGAGGCUGGAGAUGGAGCUUAGCGAGGUGGCCAGGAACAAAGAGAAGCUGCGGAGGAACCUGCUGGAGCUCACAGAGUACACCCACAUGCUGAAGAUCACACGGACCUUCAUACACAGCCGCUCCAGACAUGAGGCUCUUGGUCCCCAGUAUGAAGAAUUCCCCACUGUGGAAACAGACUCUGUGACAGGAUGCACCGGUAUGCAAAGACUUGGAGCAAAGCUGGGGUUUGUUUCAGGUCUUAUCCAGCGGGUGAAGGUGGAGGCCUUUGAGCGCAUGUUGUGGAGAGUGUGCAAGGGUUACACCAUCCUCAGCUACGCAGAAGUGGAUGAGAACCUUGCUGAUCUCGACACUGGGGAAAUAAGCAAAAGUGUUGUGUUUCUGAUCUCUUUCUGGGGAGACCAGAUUGGGCAAAAAGUUCAAAAGAUCUGCGACUGUUACCAUUGCCAUCUUUAUCCGCACCCUGAGAAUGAUGAAGAACGGGCAGAUGUGUUGGACAGCUUAAGGACGCGCAUCCAAGACCUUAACAACGUGCUGCACCGCACUGAGGACUACUUGAGGCAGGUUCUGCAGAAGGCCUCAGAGUCGGCCUACACCUGGGUGGUGCAGGUGAAAAAGAUGAAGGCUAUCUAUCAUAUCCUUAACCUCUGCAGCUUCGAUGUCACCAACAAGUGUUUGAUUGCUGAGGUGUGGUGUCCUGUCAGUGACCUGGCUAACCUGCGGGGGGCGCUAGAAGAAGGCUCUAGAAAAGGUGAUGCCACUGUACCAUCCUUUGUGAACCGCAUCCCAAGCACUGACACUCCACCAACCCUGCUAAGAACCAACAAGUUCACAUCUGGCUUUCAGAGCAUUGUGGAGGCUUAUGGGGUGGGGGACUAUCGCGAGGUAAGCCCAGCUCCCUACACCAUCAUCACAUUCCCUUUUCUGUUUGCUGUGAUGUUUGGUGACCUCGGGCACGGUAUGGUAAUGAGCCUCUUUGCCUUGUGGAUGGUGCUGACGGAAAAAAAGCAGAAGAAGAAACGCUCCAAUAAUGAGAUAUGGGCGACGUUUUUCAACGGACGUUACAUCAUCCUAAUGAUGGGGCUUUUCUCCAUCUACACCGGGCUGAUUUACAAUGACUGUUUCUCUAAGUCUCUCAACAUAUUUGGCUCUGGCUGGAGCGUGAAGCCUAUGUUCACGAAUCAGCAGUGGACAAACAAAACGCUCCAAACAAACGCUUUGCUCACAUUAGACCCUAAUGUCAGUGGUGUUUUCAGUGGACCAUACCCAUUUGGCAUUGAUCCUAUAUGGAACAUGGCGGUGAACCGACUGUCCUUCCUCAACUCCUACAAGAUGAAGAUGUCAGUUGUUAUCGGGGUCAUCCACAUGAGCUUUGGAGUGGUGCUGAGUGUCUUCAAUCACUUGCACUUCCGACAGAAAUAUAAUGUCUAUCUGCUAUUUCUUCCUGAGCUGCUCUUCCUGCUCUGUCUCUUUGGCUACCUGGUCUUCAUGAUUUUAUACAAGUGGUUGGCAUUCAAUGCACGUGACUCCAGCCAGGCUCCCAGUAUCCUCAUCCACUUCAUCAACAUGUUCGUCAUGCAGGGGAAGGAUAUUACUCCUCUGUACCCAGGACAGACUGGGCUGCAAAUUUUCUUAGUUGUGAUAGCUAUGCUGUCAGUUCCUGUGCUGCUGUUAGGAAAACCUCUUUACUUGUAUUGGCUGUAUCGUGGAGGCAAAGGCCUGCGCAGACGCAGAGGUUAUGAGAGGGUGAGGCGUGUAAGUGAAGACGAUAAUUCAACAGCACCACCCUAUGAAGAUGAUGAAGAGGAGGGACCUGAUGAAACGACCAGCCGAGAGGCUCUUCCCAAAGAGUUUGACUUUGCGGAUGUGCUCCUGCACCAGGCCAUUCACACCAUAGAGUAUUGCCUGGGCUGCAUUUCCAACACUGCGUCCUACUUGCGUCUAUGGGCUCUUAGCUUGGCUCAUGCCCAACUUUCAGAGGUGUUGUGGGCCAUGGUGAUGCGCCUGGGUCUGAGGAUCACCACAAGACUGGGGGUACUGUUUUUGGUCCCUGUGUUCGGCCUCUUCGCCGUGCUCACCGUGUCCAUCCUACUGGUCAUGGAAGGCUUAUCAGCGUUCCUCCACGCUCUCCGCCUCCACUGGGUGGAGUUUCAGAACAAAUUCUACCACGGGAACGGUGUCAAGUUUGUGCCCUUCGACUUCUCCCUUCUGCCCUCUGUUUUUGAGCAAGAUGGUUUGCUUUAAAAAAAAUAAGGACUCUGAAGCGUUGGUUAUGAGUUGGAAGCAGACUUUAUAAAUGGGAAGGAUGCUAGAAGCUGGAACAAUUCACACUGUGAUAACAAACCUUCGAGACAGUGGAUUGAAACUCACUCUUGUAGCAACGUUUUUCACCAUGACGAUUUUUAAAAUGUUAUCGGCUGUGCUGACUGCCUUACUACUGUACCCAGCAAACCUCUGCUUACACAGAGGUUCAAAACUCUUGAUCUGUUAUUUAAUUUUGUAGGCAAGAAAUCGCUCAGCACUAGUUGUCACACCGGUUGGGUGAAUUUAAAUAUUUAAUUUGCAUUGUGCUGUGUAAACUGGUUUUGUAUUAUUUGCAACAUGGUAUUUAAAAUGAACAAUUAUACAGUGCAAUGUAAAGUUUAAGUAUGUUACAGCAACAAUCCACUGAAGACCAUAUCAAGCAUCCUGACAUAGUGCCAUAGAGAUUUAUUUCUGAUGACGAUAUGGGGAUGCCUUUUUUAAAACUGCUCCUCCGUGUGAUGAAAGAAAAGCUGUGGGCAUCAAAAUCUGAAAAACCAUCACAACCCUUUUUGUGAGGCAUAUUGUCACAAAGCACUUUGCAGAAAUGAUUGUACAAUUUAAAGUUUUCACUAAUGACUGUGAUGAUGCCAAAUGAAAAUAAUCAACUUUUAGCUGUUUGCUUCUUUACUUAUUGAUGCAUUUAU